AUGCCUACCAUCGAAGCAAAGACCAUCCAGGUCCCAAAGUCAUACAUGACCCCCUGUGACAGCGAUCUGCUAAUCACUAACCACCCUGUGUCCGCCCCAGGUGUUACGGCAAUCUUAAUCGUCACCCUGAACCGCCCUAAGAAGUACAACGCCAUGACCGUCCCGAUGAUCGAAGGCCUCCUGAUGGUCCUCCAGCAAAUUGACGUCGACAGCCGCGUGAAGUGCGUCGUUCUGACGGGCGCCGGCAAGGCGUUCUGCAGCGGCAUCGAUCUAAACCUUGAUGCGACAGCCGGGAAGCAGAUGCCUGUCGCCGACCUGCGGGAUAUUGGUGGGAGGCUAGCAUUAGCUAUGUAUAACUGCCGGAAGACGAUCAUUGUGGCAUACAACGGGCUAUCAGUAGGCAUAGGGAUGACAUCUACCCUUGCUGCGGGAAUUAGAAUCGCGUCCUCGAAAUCCGUCUUCGGCUUCCCCUUCUCUCGCAUCGGCCUCACAAUGGAAUCUGCGAGCUCUUUCUUCCUGCCUCGCAUGGUCGGCCACAGCAACGCAACCUACCUGCUCACCACAGGUAAGACGUACCACGCGGACUCCAAGGUCCUCGACGGGAUUUUCGCCGAGGUGCUCGCGGAGCCAGAGGAUGUGCUGCCGCGCGCAUUAGAACUGGCAUGCGAGAUCACCAAGGAGGUCAGCCUGAUGGCCGCGUACCUGAAUCGGCAACUGAUAUGGCGGGGCGCCGGGACAGCGGAGGAGGCACACUUGGUGGAUAGCCCGAUUUUGUUUGAUAUGUUUGGGGGACGUGAUCACCUAGAGUCGAAACGGGCGUUUUUUAAGAAGGAGAAGCCGAAAUUUAUCGAUGAGGUGGAGAAUGAUGCCCCGCGAGCUUAUCCGUGGUGGACAGAGCUGUGA